AUGUCGAGUUCUGCCUCUGGCGACUCAGGCGGUGGCCGUUCGAUGGAGUCACGAGUGGGUAGAACCAAGCAACGCUACAACACCAAGGGUGAACGACUCGUCGCUGGCAUUGUGCCUCUUACCUCCGAUCAAAAUUAUGUGCUUUUAAUCCAAUCUACACGACGAAAAGGUUGGGUUUUGCCCAAGGGCGGCUGGGAGUCGGACGAGACUUGCCAAGAGGCUGCCGAACGAGAGGCUUGGGAAGAAGCUGGCAUCACUGUGCAAAUAAGUUACGACCUUGGCGACAUUGAUGAAAAGCGUGCACCAAAAUCGUCAAAAGAUCGGUCAAGAUACCACUUCUUCGAGGGCACAGUGACCGGCGAGUUUGACGAUUGGCCCGAAUCCCAUAAACGAGAACGCCAGUGGUUCACGUUUACGCAAGCGUGGGAGGCAUUGUCGACGAGACCAGAGCUUCAGGAAGCACUGCAGCGGUCAACUGUGAACCGUCUAUAA